AUGUCAAUCGCCGACGCCCAAUUACUGGAGGAACAGCAAAUGGAAGCUGUUAUGGGCACGGGGGAAGAACCGCCGCCGGAAGCAGAAGGCGAAAAUAAGGAAGGAAAAUCAGGAAAGAAGAGCAAAGACAAAAAGAAGAAGAAAAAGAAGGAUAAAGAGGGUGAAGGGGCGGAAAACGAACCGCCAGAGGAGGCAGCCUAG